UUCUGUUACCACCUCGCACCCAUCAACCACAAGACUCUUCUAUUUCUUUUCUUUUGCCAGUUGCUCUCUGAUCUUACACGCACAUAGAUACACGCCACUUUUAUAGUAACAAUACAUUUGAGAAGAUGAAGAAGUUUGCUUUUGCAACUUUUCUCCUGGUGGCUCUUCUCCUCAGCCCCGCCUUCUUCGACGCCGCCAUGGCUGGUUCAAGCUUUUGCGACUCCAAGUGUGCGGUGAGGUGCUCGAAGGCGGGAAGGAUGGACCGGUGCUUGCAGUACUGCGGGAUUUGCUGUGAAAAAUGUCAGUGCGUCCCGUCCGGGACGUACGGCCACAAGGACGAGUGCCCUUGUUACCGGGACAUGAAGAACUCCAAGGGAGAGCCCAAGUGCCCUUAAUGCGGUCCUUAUUCUCGUUAACUAGUGUGGCCUAUAUGGAACUUUGAUGCGUCUAUAGCUAUGCAGUCGUGGGUACUUCAGUCUGAAAUGUUGGUGAUGAUUCUGUGUAAAAACGUGUUGUGUAUUGAUGUUUUCAUUUUAUGUCGGUAUUGUCACUGUUAUUUGUGUUUAUUGUAGAACGAAUGAAGAAUAAUUGGCUGCUUACCUUCCUCA